UCAGGGAGGGCUGCCUCUCAUCUCGCCGCUGUCACCACCAUCCUUCACUCUCCCUCCUCUGCUCCUCUCCUCCUCUGCUGCCAUGGAGCUCCAGCAGGCUGAAUCACAACGGCGUCUGCAGACAGGGCUGAGCAGGUAGAUGUGUGUGUGGUGCUCCGUUGGGCUACAAUGGAGUGUCUGAGGAGGUGGACGUCGGGCUCUGCUGUGGUGUUCUUUCACACAUUGGCCUUGUCCUGGACGGGUGCGAUUGAGCCCGCCCCCAAAAUUGACGGAUGGCACCGGGCGGCUUUGACACUGCAGGAGAACAUGACGCACAAGUUCAACUGCCAAUCAGACGGCUGGGAUCCUCGUGCCCCUCCCUUGCUGACCUGGUACCUGAACGGGGAGCCGCAGAGAGAGCCGUCCCCGCACCACGGGCGUCUGGUGAUGACAUCAAAAGAAGACUCUGAGGUCAUGAGACCGGGGACCAAUCACAACAGCACCUUCUCUCUGCGGGCCAGAAAGUGGGACAGGGAGUUGGUGUGUGUUGCAUCAAACCCCAGGACGGGAGAAAGCUACAACGCCUCCGUCACACUCAACGUCCAGUUCCAGCCAGAGAUCCUCAGGGUGAACGCUCAGUACAGUGAAACCUCAGACCCCGGCCUCUCCCUGGUCCUCUUCGCCUUGGUGCGGUCCAACCCGCCUGCCACUAUCACCUUCGUGGACCAGUCUGGGCAGCUGGUGGCCAACACUUCUGACUUCCUCAUCCUGGACUCGCGGAGCUACCCGUGGCUGACCAAUCACUCGCUGAGGGUCACACUCAGUAGCCUAUCAGGGAACAUCUCGCUUAACGUGAGCAACAGCGUGGGAACGGUGCAGAACAACCUCACGCUGGCAGGUCCUGCAUAUCAUCCACGCAGUGACUCAGCCAAUCUGAAGACGGAGAAGGUGGAUAAGACCCACAUCCCCAGAGAGAACAUGUCUCUGCCUUCCAACAUGCAGCUCCACGACCUCAGCACUCUGAGGAAAGCCCGAGAGGCCGCCCAGCAGAACAGCGUGGGAGAGCAGAAGAAAGAGGAAGAGGAGGAGGAAGAUCUGUCUUUAGCCUACGCCGCCAGAGGUUUUGCCAGAUAUCCGAUGGUGGGCUACAUCUACAAGGUGAACAGCACAAGCAGCGAGGAGAUCUGGCUCUGACGGACCUCGGAGCAACAGACUGUACGUGCAUGCAUAACUCAGACAUUCAACCAAUCAUCGUUCACCUUCGAGCUGGAUGAAGAGGAUCCACUUGUUGUUGGAGAUCUUGUCUGUUUCUGGAUCAACAAACCUCUGCUCCUCCGACUCAGACGUGAUCCACAACACAAAGCCGUCAGUGUUUUUGUCAUCAAGUCAAUCCGGUAUUUACACUGCUGACGCAAAGUACGAACUCCAAGUUAGAAUGCUCAUAUUCAGUCCGUUUUGAGUUAAGACCUCCCGUACCCACAUGACGUCUCCUCCCUGUGGCAUUAUUGGAAUGCAUUAAUCGUUCUAUGCUAACGCCAGAAUGUUAACGUGAGAUUUUACAUUUUGACCAGUGAUAUCCGGUGAAGACGGUGCAUAACUAAUAGAAUGUGUAAUUGUUUAUGGACAUGCGACGUGUCAUGUACUGUAUAUUUGUAUGCAUAUGUAUAUGUGUAUAAAAGAGGACGUCUAAUAAAGAUAAUAUGGGGAUUGUAUGGAAGUGA